AUGAAACGUGGAUUUGACGGGGAUUCUAAUGAAAUAGACUUAAAGCGUACCAUAAAGCCCGAUCCUGACGAUCCUCUUUUCCAAUAUAUCGUGGAAUUUGAUGAGGUACAAAAGGAACUCCAACGCUUAGAUGAAGCAUGCGCUCGUGAGCAAAUGACCAUCCAACGCGACUAUGAUGAAAAAAAACAACCCUUCUUCGAAAAAAGGCAAAAUAUCAUAAACAAGGUACCAGGGUUUUGGUCUAAAGCUCUCCAACACCAUCCAGCCCUUUGUCUACUCACACCUGCUGACUUCAACAUCCUACAAUAUCUGACCAAGAUAGAUCUCAAAGAUAAUCUGGAUGACAAUGGCAGUUACAAAAUAACUUUCACAUUUGAUGACAAUGCUUCCGAAUACAUGGAGCCCUUGUCCAUCGUUAAAUAUAUAGUCUUCGAGCAAAAUCGUGAGACAGUUGCGGAAUGUACUCACAUCAAUUGGAAACCUGGGAAAAGCCCAAUAGAUGUGGUUAUUAAGGCUAGAAAUGAAGAACAAUGCAAUGAUUGGUCUUUGUUCGAAUGGUUUACUUAUGAUGAGUGGUUGAACAAGCCUAACAUUGGGGAGAUUAUUAGAAGGGAAAUUUGGCACGCACCUUUAGCCUAUUAUAUGGAUACAAUUUCUGCGUCAGAUUUUGACUACGAUGAUGAUAUGGAUGAGUGA